GUCUGUGAUGCCUGUCAUCAAAGGAAAUCUCAGUGCAUCUACCAAGUUGCUGGUCCUGUAUGUGUUCAGUGUUUGGUACAUAGCACAAAUUGUUCUACUCGUGCACGAAAGACAAGGGUCGAAAUGAUGAAAAGAUCCCAAAAGACAAGAGCGCUAGAAGCCCAAGUUCGGCGAAUGGAAGAGAUUCUGCGAACUGCUGGCAUCGAUCCAGGAGAAAGCGUGUUCGAUCCCGAUGCGAUAGAUGACGACGAUGAGCUGGAGUCCGAGAAUGGUGAUUAUGAUAGGAGCAAUCACUUGAGUAGUGACUAUUCAUCGGCAUCACCAGAAGACAAAAAAAGCUUUGAAUCAGGUACAUCUCCGCAAUCUACGUCUAGUAUUAGCGUCGAAACUCCUAGCCAAGCACUCGUCCUAAAGACAGACCGGGGCCGUGAUGGGAUAUUUUUCGGAUCUUCGUCAAGCUUACACAUCCUGUCGCAGGAAGGAAUUCGAUUUAUCCGUGAAAAAUCUGGCAUCGAAGACUUUCCCAAUGGCUUACUAGCACAACCUUGCUGGUCAGCUAUCAACUUUUCACCUUUACCCAUCGAUAUAUACACCGAUUUAUUUGAAUGCCGCGUUUACAAGGCGCUCCCACCUCGAUCCGAAGUCUUUUCCCUGCUGCGGAACUACUUUGGCACCAUUAACCGCAUAUUUCCCAUCAUUCACGAGGCAACAUUCAUGGAAAUGGUCGAGUGGCAGUAUACUCAGCAAAAAUGUACUGAUGUCGGUAGAUGGGCCAGUAUUAACGCUCUGUUGGCUCUCAGUUUCAGAUACAAGGGCGACCGUGGCCCGCGACCUGAAAAGGACACUGAAAGAGCUUGGCUAUACUGGAAAAAUGCGGCAGCCGUAUACACCGAGUUGUCAUUGCGACCUAAUGAUGUCCUUGGCAUUCAAGCUCUUCUCGCUAUGGCAAUAUUUGCUCGGGUCAAUGGCCACCCUCAGCUAGCAAUUCCAUUGAUUACGGCUGCGAUGAAGUCAGCUCAAGCUUUGGGCUUACACAGACGCAACCUAAAUCCGGAUAUCAGUGCUUGUGAAUUAGAGACUAGGAGGAGAGUGUGGUGGUGUAUAUUCAUUAUGGACCAAGGUAUUGGAAUCAAAACUGGACGAGGAUACUUGCAACAUCCGGAUGACUCCGACGUGGCCUUGCCUGGAGAAGACGCUAAAGCCUUUGGUGAUUUCCAGAACGGAUGUAGAUGGAGCAUCAAGUUAUUUCGCUCAAUUUGUUCUCAUUCAGUUCUCGUUUCCAACAUCUACCGCGAGCUGUACACCACCAAGGCAUUCUACAAGUCGUUCCCUGAAGUCUGCGAGACCGUGACCAACCUGAGCGAUCAAUUACGUGAAUGGAAACGAGAGUACUCAUGUCUCUCGUACACGCCACCCAAGUCAAAAGAAUCCAAUGAUCUAAAUCGAGAAGAGGAAGUGAAAAUCAUCGCACACAUUUCUGAAAAACUGACCUACCUUAAUUCGCUUAUUUUGAUCAACCGCAUGCCGCUCCUGUUUGAGGUUGCAGCACAGAAAGGAGCACAUCCCGAUCGUGAUGCAAAGACACGCAUCAAAAACAUAUCGGCUACUUCUCGGCAUCACCAUUUGAUUUGUUUGCAUGCUGCACGGGACUCGUUGCAGUUGCUCGAGCGGUUGCCAUGGAGAGAUGUUGGCUUCAGCUGGGCAAUUCUGGAUUUUCUUUUCUACGCAGCAUCGAUUCUUUUCACGCAUAUUGUUGACCAGCCCUUGGUGUCCGAAACUGGAUCCGUCGAGGAGAACUUGGCUAUGUUGAACCUUGCGACGAAUUAUUUUUUCACGCUGGCUUCGUUACACGGGCGAUCCAAAUCAGUCAAGUUCAUGGCUAGCAUGAGCUCCAUUAUGGAGCGAACGGCGAAAAAGAUCAUUGACAGAGCUUUGAAAGAGAUCAACGUUGCAGCAGGGAACAAGAAAGAGGAAGCAACAACUGCACCGGCGCCAAAGCAGCAACCGCCGCCGCCGUCUACUACAGUCGAGCAACCCAACGAUAUACAGAUUCCUGACACCAACCUACCUUCGUCAAUGUCAUUUAGCGUCCCAUUUCCUGAUGAUACCUUUUCAACGGGACUUGAAGAUAUGUUCUCUCAGAAUAGUGGCUAUCCGUACAUGGAUCCCAUGUCAGAACAAAAUAUACAAAUGACGGGUCCUUACACGCAGGUAUACAAUAAUCUGUAUCAGUAUGAUAUCCCGUCGUAUAUGAUGGCACCGGUUCCGGACGCGUUUUGGGGACAGGAGACUACGCCGGACAUGCUAGGCAAUAUUCCGAUGCAAGGAAAGUACGGUCAGAAUAUGGAUAAUGAUGCGAUGCUUGAAUACAUGUGGAGCAAUAAUAGAUGAGGUGGCGGAAGUUCCUCGCUGUCAUUUCAUCUAUACAGCUACCAGUCCAGGGGAAAGCCACCCCGGCGGUUCUUCAUCGAGUCGAUUAGAGCAACACCAUGAACAACACCAUGUAGCCUGGGCAUUACUCGGAAACGCCUGCGGUACGAUCGAACGAGCUGUCGGUGUAGUACACCUUAAGUUGCACCUGCUCAUACUUUCUUGACGAGUGUACACGCCGUCGAUCCGUGUCAUCAACAGAACCAGAGGACAGAGCAAGCAAGCAUCCUGUA